GCUGCUGCUGCUGCUUCAGAGCAGUUACCAUCUCGAACUCUGCUCACCAUCGCGACUACCUCCGCUUGCAAUUGGCGGUGUAAACAGCAGGGGGAUCUCUCUUCUCGCUCUGUUCCAGCUCGAACUUCUUCCUCUUCUCCUUCCACUUCCUUUUCCAUCCUGCCUACAAAGCAUAUCUCCCCCACCAUAGCUCUCAGCGGCCAGUGUGAAGCAUCCUUUUUGGUCCUUUUGGUUUCUGUUUCCCCUUUGCUUCUAUUUUGCCUGUAACCUCCUAUCUGAUAGACACCUACGAAAGAGCGUAUCUAGCAGGCUCUCAUCUCGUAUUUGGAUCCUUGGAUCGUGUAAUCGUAGUACAAGCGUACUCGCACAUUCAUUGCUCGACCGCCAAUUGCCGCGAGCCUCUUGAAGCUCAUCGGCACAGCACAAGCUUGAGCUGUCGAAGACGCGGUCCAAACCGCUGCAUCUAAAACCUUACGACCAAACGUGUUCCCGCGAUCGGUUUUGCUGAAGCCAUCUACAAACUCCCCGCACUCCACUCUGCAGGUCUUUCUCUGUCUUGAGAGAUAGGCGACAGGAAUCCGAUAUGGCUCCACCAACGACCCAGCCUGCCCCCACAAACGUGUACCUGCUGCCGUUGACCGAUGAUGGGGCGCCCGACGUGCCUGGCGGCUACAUUCUCUUGCCCGCACCCACAGAGCCGGCAUGGGUGAUUAGGUUCGUGAUCGAGGGUACCAGCUCGAUAUGUCGAGAGGGCAGUCUUUGGGUGAACAUUCCGGAGAGGGGUCAACCCUUCGAGCGAAAGAAGUACAGGGAAUUCAAGCUCAAACCAAACUUCAACGCUCCCAUCAAGAUUGAUGUGCCCGUCUACCAAGCCGGCGCCUUCGACUUCCACACAACUUACACACCCCUUCCCCCUUUCUCAACGGAACCAGUUGAUCCUCCCGCACCGACUAGGACACCCACGUACUAUAUCGACGUAUCGCCAAACAUUUGCAUACAGGGGGAAAAGCUACCCCUCAAUUCGCUGAGCAUCUUUUCGCUCAUCUCCAAAUUCAUGGGCGAGUACCCUACACAAUGGGACAAGCACUUGAAUGGUAUCGCAGAACGUGGCUACAAUAUGGUCCACUUUACCCCGCUCAAUCUACGUGGGAACUCGAAUUCUCCGUACAGCAUUGCUGACCAACUGAGCUUCGACCCGGAAAUGUUCCCCAACGGUGAGAAAGAUAUCGCAGACUUGGUGCACAGGAUGGAAUCACAGUAUGGGCUGCUGAGUCUCACGGACGUUGUCUGGAACCACACGGCGAACAACAGCGAGUGGUUAUGCGAGCAUCCCGAAGCGGGAUAUAGCGUCAAGACCGCACCGCAUCUGGAGCCUGCACUUGUGUUGGACACGGCUCUUGCAGAAUUCAGUAACGAGCUGGGAUCUCUAGGGUACCCGACCGAGCUGAAAAGCACAGCUGACUUGCUGAACGUCAUGGAGGGCAUCAAACAGCACUGUAUUGCAAAAACGAGGCUCUGGGAGUAUUAUGUAUGCGACAUUGAGAAGGAUUGCGCCGAAGCGGUGAAAUCGUGGAAGGAGGGUCUUGUGGAAUUUGCGGACGAAGCAUUCGGUAAUGCCGGUUUCCGCGGCAUCAGCGAGGUCAAGGACUGGGACAUCGAAAAAAAGGGUCAGUGGCUACUCGCUAACGUCAUGACCGGCGCGGAUGAGAUGGGUUGUCGAUUCAAGAGGAAGGCAAAUCCGAAAAGGGCGGCGGGAUUCCUGUGCGCGUUGCUGGGCACCUAUAAUCCGAAAACGCACGAUACACAGGAUGAGCGUGUCGCGCACGGCACCAUGUACAAGCUGCUCGAGGAGGUCAACUUGCAGUACUAUAAGGAGUAUGAUGCAGACUGUGAGGCGAUUAUGGAGCAGCUCUUCAAUCGCAUCAAGUAUGUCCGACUCGAUGAUCACGGGCCCAAGGCCGGUGCCAUCACGCCCAGCAGCCCGCUCGUCGAACCAUAUUUCACGCGCUUGCCAAGGGAUUCGAGGACUUCGCAUCACCCUGAUGAAGCGCUUGAUCUAGUUAACAACGGCUGGGUGUGGGCAGCUGACGUGCUGAAGGACAACGCGGGGCCAAAAUCAAAGGCCUAUCUGCGACGCGAGGUCAUCGUCUGGGGCGACUGCGUGAAGCUACGAUACGGUAAAGAGCCUGCCGACAAUCCGUACUUGUGGGAGCGUAUCGGCAACUACACAAAGCUCAUGGCAAAGUACUUCCACGGCUUCCGUAUUGACAACUGUCAUUCGACGCCUCUACCACUUGCGCAGUACAUGCUUGACGAAGCGCGUAAAGUCCGUCCGGACAUUGUUUGUUGUGCAGAACUAUUUUCCGGCUCGGAAGCCAUGGACUUCAUGUACGUCGAGCACCUGGGAUUGAGCUGCUUGAUCAGAGAGGCAAUGCAAGCGUGGGACACACGCGAGCUUAGCCGCCUGGUACACAAACAUGCCGGCGUGCCUAUAGGCAGCUUUGAGACGGACGAGAUCAUGAACGUCGAGAAGGCUCAUGACGGUACACGAACCAAAGGCGUGAACGGUACUACGCCAGCGAGGCGCGAGCUGGUGCACAAGAUCAAGCAAAGCCCCGUGCAAGCUCUCUUCAUGGAUUGUACUCAUGAUAACGAGACGCCAGCCCAGAAGCGCGAUGCUCGAGAUACCUUGCCCAACGCGGCGUUGGUGGCAAUGUGCGCCAGUGCCUGCGGCAGUGUCUUCGGCUAUGACGAAAUCUAUCCCAAGCUCAUUGAGCUGGUCCAUGAAAAGAGGGCAUACACAUCACCGUACUCGCAGGACGGCCAGAUCAAAAUCCAGGCACAGGAAGGUGGUAUAGGUCCGAUCAAGAAGCUUUUCAAUCAAAUCCACGUUCUCAUGGGCAAGGACGGCUAUGACGAGACGUUUAUUCACCACGAUCACGAAUACAUUACCAUCCAUCGCGUCCACCCCCAGUCACGCAAAGGAUAUUUCUGUAUCGCUCAUACAGCGUUCCCUGGAUAUGGCAACGGCAACGGCGGAUUCCCACCUGUUUAUUUGCCCGGUACAAGGGCCAAGCUUGUGGGAGCAUGGGCCCUCGAGGUCGACCAGAGCGCAGAAAGCAGGAAGGCUGUGUUGCAGGACAAAGUGCUACGUGGUUUGCCAAGCAGAACAAAGAAUCUUCGUGGUGUGACGUGCAAGUGGCACGACAACCGGACCGUCAUCGAAGUUGGCGAACAAUUUCCUCCUGGAAGCGUUGCCCUCUUCGAGACUUGGAUCCCGGGAGCUGAGCACUCCGAGGGCUUGGAUAAAUUUGUCACUCGUGGUGCCGCGGAGGCCUGUAGCCAGCUUAGUCUCACGGAUUUGAAUUACCUCUUGUACAGAUGUGACCCUGAGGAGCGCGACGCAACGGAUGGCGCCGACGGGUGCUAUAACGUUCCAGGCCAUGGGCCACUCGUGUAUGCUGGCCUACAAGGCUGGUGGAGUGUGCUCAAAACUGUCGUUGACGAGAACAACUUGGGGCAUCCGAUUUGCCAGCAUCUUCGCGAUGGCCAAUGGGCUCUCGACUACUGCGUCAAUCGGCUGCAGAAGGCGUCCAAGAAAGAGAAGUGGGCCAAGCUGGCAGCUCCGGCCAAGUGGAUGAAAGAGCGUUUUGACGCAAUCAGGAAAUUGCCGAAUUUCCUAUUGCCGCGCUACUUCGCCUUGACGUGUCAGACGAUGUACAACGCCGGCGUGGACCGCUGCAUCGACCUCAUGAGCGACAACGUCAAGAACGGCCAAGACUUCUUGAAGAGCCUUGCUCUUGUGAGCGUACAGUGUAUAGGCUUCCAAAGCAACGCCUCGCUGUGGCCGGACAAGGAAGUCGCGAGCAUGGCGGCUGGGUUGCCUCAUUUCUCAAAUGACUGGGCGAGAUGCUGGGGCCGCGACAUCAUGAUCUCUCUACCUGGUCUUACUAUCGCAACGGGACGUUAUGAUGAUGCCAAAGAGCAUAUUAUGGCAUUUGCUAGCGUACUGAAACACGGCAUGAUUCCUAACCUGUUGGGCAGUGGGAAGGCACCGAGAUACAAUUCGAGGGAUUCGAUAUGGUUCUUCCUCCAAUGCAUCCAAGACUAUACUAAAACAGUGCCGGAGGGUUUGGCCAUUCUGCACGAGUCUGUGAGGCGAAGAUUCUUACCGUACGAUGAUACGUGGUUUCCUCACGAUGACAAGCGUGCCUAUUCGGUUUCGAGCACCAUUGAAGAUGUCAUUCAGGAAGCGCUGCAACAACAUGCUACAGGUCAGGACUUCCGCGAGCACAAUGCUGGUCCAGCGAUCGAUAGUCAAAUGAAGGAUGAGGGUUUCAACAUCAAGUACGGCGUUGACUGGACGAAUGGCAUGGUCUUCGGCGGAAACCAGUGGAACUGCGGUACUUGGAUGGACAAGAUGGGGGAAAGCGAGAAGGCUGGUUCAAAAGGGUACCCAGGCACCCCUCGUGAUGGUGCUGCAGUUGAGAUAACUGGCAUGGUAUAUUCCACCGUCAAGUGGGUCAGUGAAUUGAACAAAGCUGGCAAGUACAAGUACAGAGGCGUCACGAAGGGCAAGACGGACGAACAAAUCUCGUUCAGCGACUGGGCCGACCUCAUCAAGUCGAAUUUCGAGUACGCUUACUACAUCCCCAUCAAGAAGGAAGACGACUACAAGUAUGAUGUUAACUCGUCCAUUGUCAACCGUCGAGGCAUCUACAAGGACUUAUAUCGCUCUGGCAAGGAGUACGAGGACUAUCAGCUCCGUCCCAACUUCCCCAUCGCUAUGACUGUGGCUCCAGACCUCUUUGAUCCGAACAAGGCUCUUUACGCUCUCUCUAUCGCCGACAAAGUACUCAAGGGUCCACGCGGCAUGGCAACACUCGAUCCUAGCGACUACAACUACCGUCCAUACUACAACAACAGUGAGGACUCUACCGAUUUUGCAACUGCUAAAGGUCGUAACUACCACCAGGGGCCUGAGUGGGAGUGGCCUGUCGGCUUUUUCUGCCGUGCGAUGCUACGAUUCGACCUGAUGCGCCGUCGGACACCGGAGGAGCGCACGGAAGCGUUCCAGCAGAUCACUCGGCGAUUAAGGGGUAACAUGGAGGAGAUCAAAACGAGUCCGUGGGCGGGUCUGACAGAGCUAACGAACAAAGACGGAGCUUUUUGCGCGGAUUCUAGUCCCACGCAAGCCUGGUCUGCUGCCUGUCUCAUCGAUGUCUUCCAAGAUGCGGCCAGAUUUCAGGACGAGGCCCCAACAAGGACUUGACUGUCUGCUUCAAAAUUUGCAGCAACAUCUUCAGGACGGCUGGGGAUAUGACACAAGCGAGCGAUAUCUGGUAUUGUACACUAAAAGAAGCUACUCCGUGUAAACGACGAAUGGGUAAAAAUUCCUGGCGUUUUUAUCAUUAUUCCCCGUAUCUUCCUAUCAUACUUUCACACCUCCGGGAGUGCGCGUUAUUGUCAUAGUACAGCUGAAUUAGACUUGUGCACGCUAUAGACGCUAAAAGCAUCGCACAUGGACAAGCUCAUUUACCCAAUUAUAAAGUCAGUGCCCUUGGUGCUCUUGUCUUU